CUUCCAACAACUUCGUCCACUCAGAACAACAAAGCAACCAUGGCACCAUUCGGAAAGCUCUACACUUAUGCGGUAUGUCAAUCAAGUUCUCGAGCAUCAGUUGCAUCGUCUCGCGCACUCGUAGCUGACAAUUCGAUAGGGUAACCCCCGCUCAGUUGCCAUUCGCGCAGUCGCGAAGGCCAACAACGUGGACCUCGAGAUCGUCGAAACCGACCCUUUCAAGGGACCCGUCCCAGCUGAGUACCUCAAGCUCAACCCUCUCGGAAAGGUUCCAACCUUCGAGGGUACCGACGGUUACGUUAUCCACGAGGCCAUCGCUAUCGCCAUCUACAGUAUGUCGCACAUUCCUCUGUUUCAAACUUUUGCUUGGUCCUCCAAGCUCACACCACACACUUAUGUUAUGAUGAAGAAACAUGUCAUACAGUUAUCCCUGUCUUAAUACCCCGUGUUGAUUUUUAUUAAUUAGACUCUGAACAUAUUCCUAUCUUUCACUUUUUAUUCACAGAGUAACUACUUUGAAUUGAUUGCUGACCAUAUUCUAGUCACCUCCCAGAAUGAGAAGACCACCCUCCUCGGCAAGACCAAGCAAGAGUAAGUUGACUCACCACCUAUUCCACCAAGAACUCAACUAAUACCAUCGUAGCUAUGCCACCAUUCUCAAGUGGAUGUCUUACUUUAACCACGAUAUCCUCAUCAACCUCGGUGGAUGGUUCGGUCCUCUCAUUGGACGUUCCCCAUACAACAAGGUCGGUGUUGAGACUGCAUCCAAGAAUGCUUUGAGAGCAGUCGGUGCCGUCGAGGCUCACCUUCAGAACAACACUUACCUUGCCGGUGAGCGUAUCACUCUUGCUGAUCUCUUCGCUGCUGGUAUCAUCUCCCGUGGUUUCCAAUUCUUCUUCGAUAAGAAGUGGCGUGCCGAGAACCCCAACGUUACUCGUUGGUACGAGACCGUCUACAACCAGCCAAUCUACUCUGCUGUCGUUGACAAGCUCAACUUCAUUGAUGAAGCCAUCAAAUACACUCCACCAAAGAAGGAAGCUGCUCCAAAGAAGGAGGCCAAGAAGGAAGCUCCUAAGCCAAAGCCCAAGGAGGUUGAGGAAGAAGAGGAAGAGGCUCCAGCCCCACCCAAGGCCAAGCACCCAAUUGAGGCCCUCGGCAAGCCAACCAUUCCUAUCGAUGAGUGGAAGCGUCAAUACUCCAACUCUGAGACCCCAGAUGCUCUCAGGUGGUUCUGGGAGAACUUCAAUGGAGAGGAGUACUCACUUUGGAAGAUUGACUACAAGUACAACGAGGAGCUUACUAAAGUGUUCAUGACCUCUAACCUUAUUGGUGGUUUCUUCGCUCGUCUUGAGGGUUCCCGCAAGUACAUCUUCGGUUGUGCUUCCGUUUACGGUGUUGAGAAUGAUUCCGUGAUCCAAGGUGCUUUCGUCAUCCGUGGCCAAGAUGCUCUCCAUGCAUUCGACGUCGCUCCUGACUAUGAGAGUUACACUUUCACCAAGCUUGAUGCCAGCAAGCCUGAGGACAAGCAGUUCGUUGAUGACCAAUGGACCUGGGAGAAGCCAAUCACAGUCAAUGGUAAAGAAUACCAAUGGGCUGAUGGUAAGGUCUUCAAGUAA